CUGAAAAAGUAUCAUUCAUAUGUCCUAAUUGCCCACGAGGAAGGCCGCGAGGAGGACCUUGUUCCUCCAAGCUCCACCACACGCUCUCAAAUCGCGCCGCCGUGCCCUUUUUCUAACCCUUCCCCUUUCCACCACGGCGGCCUCGUUCUCCGCCGUCACCGCCGGUGAAUGAGAUGAAACCCCUCAUCUCCUUCAAUGGUAAGUAGUCCUAUCCCCUUCUCUCUUGUCCGUCCCAUUCUCAACUUCCGACUGCAAUUCCAAGCUCCCUCUUUUCUCCUUUCUCGCUUUCUCUCCUCUCUCAUAGAAACUGAUCCAUCACUAUCCAUCCACCAAAUCCUCGCCGAGCCUCAAUGGCGUCAUAGCCCCGAUCUCCACCACCUCGUCCUCUCUCUUCAACCUGAUCAAACACUCCAAAUCCUCCGCUCACACCCUAAUCCUGUCCGCGCCUUGGAUUUCUUCUGUUUUCUCCCUCAGAGACAUUUUCACAAACACCUUAUUGACUCUUACACUACCAUCCUCCACCGCCUCGUUGCCGCCAGCCUCUUUGUCAUCGCGCAUAGGCUUAGAAUCCAGAUGAUUAAGUCCUGCGAGACGGAACAGGAAAUUGUUAGAACAAUCCACGUGUUGAAGGAUUUGGAUGCCAAGGGUUUCGCCCUCGAUGUUUUCUGCUACAAUACAAUUUUGAUUCGGUUGGGUAAGCUGGAUUUAAUCAGCGUGGCCGUCGAUGUUUUCCGACAGAUGCUGGGAAGCGGUGUGGAGCCUACAAUUCUAACUUUCAAUGCGGUGAUCAAUCUUUUGUGCAGGAAUGGUGAAUUAAAAAAGGCGAAGGUGAUAUUGAACAGGAUUUUGCAGUAUCAUCUCUUGCCUGAUACAUUCACUUACACAUCGAUCAUGUUAGGACACUGCAGGAAUGGAGACCUUUAUUCUGCAUUUAGGGUUUUUUAUUACAUGCAGAGGAAGGGUUGCGAGCCCAAUUCUGUGACUUACUCGACUCUGAUCAAUGGGUUGUGUGAUGAAGGGAAAGUGAAUGAGGCUUUGAAUCUGAUGAAGGAGAUGGUGGAGAGAGGAAUCAUGCCUACUGUGUACACCUAUACUCUACCCAUCACAGUACUCUGCAACAACGGGCUUCUGGAAGAGGCCUGCAAUUUGAUUAAGGAUAUGAAGAAGAGGGGAUGCAGACCAAAUGUUCAAACUUAUACCGCUCUUAUAAGUGGCCUUUGCAGAUCAAACAUGGCACAAGUGGCAGUUGGAUUGUUUAACAAAAUGUUUUUGGAUGGUUUAGAACCAAAUACAGCAACUUUUAAUGCUUUGAUUAAUGGUCUAUGUGAAAUGGGGAAGGUUCAGUCUUCUUCUAGGGUUUUCAGUAUGAUGGAGAAGCUGGGUUGCUUUCCCAACACCCAAACAUGCAAUGAGAUGAUCAAAGGGUACUGUUUGAUGGAAAGAGUUGAGAAAGCAAUGGUUGUUUUACAUAAAAUGCUUAAAUUUGAUCCUUCACCAAACCAAAUAACUUACAAUACCAUCAUUAAUGGGUAUUGCAAAACAGCUAAUUUGAGUAACGCCAUAAGAUUGGUGAAUUUUAUGAAGGAGAAUGGGUGCAGCCCUGAUGAGUGGACUUAUGCCGAACUCAUUUAUGGAUUUUGUGAAGCCGGAAAGCUGGAUUUGGCUUCUAAGACAUUCGAGGAGAUGCAACAAGUAGGUCUGAGACCAAAUGAAGUUACUUACACCACACUUAUUGAUGCGUAUUGUAAGAACAAGAGGCUGGAUUUUGCAUUAUUGUUGUUAGAGGGCAUGGAGGAGAAUGGUUGCAAUCCAAAUGUGCAGACCUAUAAUGCUGUGAUUAGUGGGUUUUCGAAGGAAAACCGACUCCUAGAAGCUGAGAAGCUCUUCAAUCAAAUGCUCGAGCAAAAUCUAUCACCGAAUGUUGUUACAUACACAGCCUUAGUCGAUGGAUUGUGCAGAAAUGGUGCCACUUCUCGUGGAAUCAAAAUCGUGGAUGAAAUGAAGAAGCAAGGUUGUGAUCCCAAUCUCCACACGUACAAUGUUCUCAUUUCCGGCUUGCUACGAGAAGGAGAUCUUAAGGAAGCUGAGCAAAUGUUUGUGGGAUUGGAAGAAAUUGGGUUAGAAGCUGACCGUAUUACAUUCACUUCAUUGAUGGAUGGUUAUGUUAUGUUAGGUAGGCUGGAUCUUGCUUUUAAACUUAUGAAGAAAAUGUUUGAUUCUGGAUGUAUAGCAAAUUAUGGAACCUUUGCUGUUCUAAGAAAAGGAUUGCAAAAUGAACGGCUACAAAUGGAACAAAAGAUUCAAGUUUUACCAAAUGCAAGCACAACUUACAGUUUGGGGGAAAAAGAAGUGGAGAUUGACACUAUUUCAAGCUUAUUAAAAAAGUUGGUUGAAUUUGGUUGUGACCUUAAUGCCGACAUUUAUGAUACUAUGAUAAGUGGUUUAUGUAGAGAAGGGAGGUGGUAUGAGGCAGAUGCACUAAGUAGAAGUAUGAUCAACCAGGGCUUUCUACCAAAAGAGGAGACACUAAAUUCCUUGUUGCUGGUGUUUUCUAAUCAACUGAUGGUAGAUAAUGCUCUAGAAAUCUUGCAUACAAUGGUUGAAAGAGGAUUUGGAACUCGACUGGUUUGCUACAAGUCAUUAAUCUCUGCUCUCUGUAAAGUGGAGCGGAUUGAAGAUGCUCGAGAGCUGUUCGAAAAUAUGCUUCUUCAGGAGUGGAAUCCGGACGAGAUUGUGUGGACAGUUCUCAUUGAUGGCUUGGUGAAGGAUGGAAAAUUAGAUUUUUGUGUAAACCUUCUUCAUGUUUUGGAAGCUAGGGGUCUUCCUCCCUCUUCCCACACUUAUGCUAUUUUGGAUGAUGAAGUUCUUAAAGACGAGAGUUAUGCUGACCGAAGCUGUGUUGCUGAUAAGUUAAAGAUCUGAAGCGUUUUGUGGCUUUGAGUUCUUUGCAAAUGGAGGAAGAGUAGUUGGGCAAACCCCAUUGCUUGAAUGGUGGAAGGCGUGAUUCUAAGGGAAAAUGGAUAUGGAUGUUAAAGGCUAGAAGAAUAGAGCUCUUGGUCUACAAAUCAUGCUGCAUGCGUAAAAUUCAUUGUUAUAAUAGAUGGAUUGAAUUGGUUGGUAGCCGGUUGGCCUGAUUGCUCUGGUUCUAGCCUCAUUUGGUUCCUUAAUUAAGUUGUUGAUACCAUGGAACUGAAACAAUCCAGAUUGAGCCACUAGUCUUACUAAAGAAAAAAAAAAUGGUGGCCCGGUAGUGAAUCCAGUGGUUUUCAGACUGCUGAAUUAAAUGAGUGACCAUACAUCAAGUUCCAGCUGGAACGUCUGAGGAAGGUUAGUAGACCCAGCGAAUGAAUCAUGCGUCUUAAUACUUUCAGUUUGAUCGUGGCACGCGUAAGCACAUCAGUUCGAUAGUUCAAAAAGAUUACCGAUAUAGCUAAUUUGAAUUCUGGGGACCAAUAUGAAGUUAGCAGCCUUUCAGAAAACUGUUCAUAUUUCUGUCUGACAAAUGAGAAUAGAAGAAGAAUUAAGGACCUGCAGUUUCAGGACUCUAUAGUUUAGCAAUAGACUUGCAACUAAUGAAGUUCUUACCACAUGCAUU